UACCAUAUCUGAAGUUGAUAAAUUGAAAUCGAACAUGCGUAAUUAACCUUUCUGAAUAGAAACGACGGAGAGAAUACAGCAAAACUCUUCCUUUAAGAAAAAUACGCUUUCGUUCUCUGUAGAUUUUUAGUUCUGAAAGUGAGCAUGCGCACAGUGAGAGGGUUGGUCCUCUGAAGUUUGAACCGGACAGAAACCGCGGCGGGGUAUAGGACUGUCAGUGAGUGGCGUUAACCCGGAGUUCCUGAGAACGCGUUGCAUGGACCUGAUGUGACUCUUUAUCAAAAAUUGUCUUCAUUAAAAAUAAUGAAGUUCUAACUGGGCACGGUGUUGCACCCCUAUAAUGCCAGCGACUCGGAAGGCUGAGGCAGAAGGAUCGCAAAUUCAAGGCCAAAGGCCAACCUUUGGUUGCUCACUUUUUUUUGAAGGGACAGACUAAUUUGUGGCUCAGCAUGUCAAUAGUAACAGUGCAGCUUGGUCAGUGUGGCAACCAGAUUGGUUUUGAAGUGUUUGAUACUUUAUUUAGUGACUCACACAGUUCCCAAGGACUCUGCUCUAAAAAAGAAAAUGAGGCAUAUCAAGCAUCUUGCAAAGAAAGGUUCUUCAGGGAGGAAGAAAAUGGAGUUCCAAUUGCCCGGGCUGUACUUGUUGACAUGGAACCUAAAGUUAUCAAUCAAACCCUGUCAAAGGCUGCCCGGUCUGGGCAAUGGAAAUAUGGUGAGCAUGCAUGCUUCUGUCAAAAACAAGGUUCUGGAAACAACUGGGCAUAUGGUUACUCUGUACAUGGACCUAGGAAUGAAGAAUCUAUAAUGAACCUAAUCCAGAAGGAAGUUGAGAAAUGUGACUCCUUGAGUGGUUUUUUCAUCAUAAUGAGUAUAGCUGGGGGCACAGGAUCUGGGCUAGGAGCCUUCAUUACACAGAAUUUACAAGAUCAGUACUCAAACUCUUUGAGAAUGAACCAGAUUAUAUGGCCUUAUGGAACUGGGGAGGUUAUUGUUCAGAACUACAACUCCAUUUUGACUCUUUCUCACUUGUACCGAUCUUCAGACGCCCUUCUUGUUCAUGAGAAUGAUGCUGUCCAUAAGAUCUGUGCAAAGCUCAUGAAUAUCAAGCAGAUCUCCUUUAGUGAUAUAAAUCAAGUCCUUGCACAUCAGCUGGGAAGUGUGUUUCAGCCUACUUAUUCUGAAGAAGGCUCUUUUCACUACAGAAGAAACCCACUAGGAGACUUAAUGGAGAAUUUAGUUCCCCAUCCUGAAUUCAAGAUGCUGGGUAUUCGUAACAUUCCUCAAAUGUCUGAGAAUUCACUGGCAUAUAGCACGUUUACUUGGGCUGGCCUCCUCAAGCAUUUGAGACAGAUGCUUAUUUCUAAUGCGAAAAUGGAAGAAGGAAUUGAUUGGCAAGUACGGCCUCCCAUUUCAGGACUUCCAGCUCUUGGCAAAAUGAGUCUCAAGAAGGAGCUGCGUUUUAACACUUCCAUUGCUAAUUUGGUCAUCCUUCGUGGGAAAGAGGUACAAAGUGCAGAUCUGGAGGGAUUUAAAGAUCCAGCUCUGUACACUUCCUGGUUAGAGCCUGACACUGCCUUCAAUGUGUGGAAAACCCAGCGGGCCUUUAACAGAUACGAGAAGUCUGCAGCGCUCGUCAGCAAUAGCCAGUUCUUAAUAAGGCCUCUUGAUGUGAUUGUGGGCAAAGCGUGGAAUAUGUUUGCUUCAAAAGCCUACAUUCAUCAGUAUACAAAAUUUGGAAUCAAAGAAGAGGACUUUUUGGACAGUUUCACAUUGUUAGAACAAGUUGUUUCAAGUUACUCUAACAUCUGAUUUUGAAUAAAGGGGAAAGUGCCUUAAGGAAUUUUUGGACCAAAAUAUUUUCAAUACUACUUUUUUAAAAGUUCAGUCUAUUAAACUAACAAGACAGAAUGCUGAUUCCAUUCACAUAUACCCACAGAAAUGAAGAAAAAUAUCUUUUUUGGUAGUAGGGAUUGGACCCUCACUGUUCUACCACUGAACUAUAUCCCCUGCCUUUUUUAUUUUUUAUUUUAAGACAAGUUGCUUAGGA